CAGCUCUCCGCGGGGGCAGCGCCUCCUCCCGCAGGCCACCGGGACCUGCACAGCGCGGGGCGCACCUCUGCGGGAGGGUCCCGGGGGAGGCAGCGGCUGUCCCGCGCCCGGGGCUGCAUCUCCGUCGGCCCGACUGCCGCGUACCGUCCCGGGGGAGGGAGCCCCGGGGGUGUGAGGGACCACCGGGGUCCAGCCCCGCUGCCGCGCCCGGAGGCGUCUCCAUACCUGGACCUGCCAGGUCAGCAAGGUGUGGAGCCAGCAGGAGCCUCCAGGAAUGUUGUGUCCGGAAUGUUCUAGAAGGAGGAACAGAUAAAAUAAGAUCUGUUAGGAGGCUGCUGCAACAAGCCAGGUGAGAAAGGACACGCCUGCAAGGAGGUAGUAGCGAGGAUGCAGCUCAGUGGACAGAUUCGGACUCGCCUUGGAGACAGAGCUGAGGAUGCCCUCAUGGAGGACAUGGCAGUGGGGAGUGGAGGGCAGGGGCUUUGGGAAGCGUUUGCACUUUUGAGUCCCAGCAUCUGCGUGUCCUGUAGGGCCCUGUGUGGGGUGGAGAUAUAUUUUUUAAAGAUUUAUUUAUGCAUCCAAGAGCUGGGGUGCAGGCUAGAGGUGUGGGGGGGAGAGGAUUCACCAGAGACAAAGUAAGGAACAGAACAGGCAGACUGACUGAAAUGCACUGCUGAGGGGCGGCUCAGGAGAGGUCUGCAGCGCCAUGUGGAUUACCUCCCUGGCCGGCCAGGGGAUGGAACUUGUGCUGCUGAGGCUGCAGGUUGCCCCUGGCACCACAGGGAGGCCCUUCCAUUGUCUUAAUAUUGACAGUCACAUGAACAUAUCAGAAGGAGUGUGAGUGACUGCACAGUGCAGGACUCAGCCCUGACACGGAGCCUGCUGAGCAGGCCUCUGCCAUGAGCCACUCCCUGGGCCGCAGCAUGCGGCCCCUGGCUCUGCCCCCACCCACACACCGUGGCCCAAAGGGCAGGGUUCUGUGACACAAUCCGGGAAUCCCGUAAGUGAGCAGCUAUUGGGAGCCCCGCUACUCAUGUCUGACAAAAGUCCGUGAAAGGUUCGGUGCAGUAAAGAAAAGGAGAGCCAGGCUACAUUUCUCAAAGCGAGGGAAAGUUUAUUGCGCCCCGGGCGGACCUCAUACACCCAAGGUGGGGGUCAGUGAAGCCGUGCACGUUGUUAGGGGGAAGCAGGGUUUUAUAGGGUAAGGAGGGGUCAGGUGGGAAGUUGGGCUCCUAUGGCAGGAAAAAGUUUGUUGGGUGGGGGGAGUUUCCUGGGACAGGUAGAGGUUCUUUGUCUGAGAAGAGACUCCUAGGGGGAGGAGGGAGGCUCAUUGUCUGAGUCCUCCAGGCAGGUUUUCCACAUUCCUGCCCCCAGGUGGGCUACCUGGUGGGUUUUUGCAUUCUGGCCUCCUGCAUGGACCUUUCAGUGUGGACUUGGGGCAGAUUUCUGAAAAAUCAGGAAUCUCAUUAGCUGACUCCAAGAUUCUCCUCAUUUGUUUAUGGCUAGUUUCUAUCAUUGCUAAAAUACGCAUUUAAAAGUAAAACUGCAAAUACUGAUCAAUCACUGAAUAACCAUUUUGAUGACAAAUGGCACUGCAUGAUACAAAUAUUACAUUUUUCAUAAAAUUAGUAGUCCUUUGCCAAAAAGGCAGCAAUUCAACAUUUGGCUUUACAUUAACCAGUGAAAAACUUCUGGAAACAAAAGAUUGUAAACAUCUAUCGGCCAAGUCUUUGAUAUAGAGAUGUUGUCUUUUGAGGCAAGAGCUAAUUGGAGAAAAAAAUUCCUUUACUUUAAAGAUAACAGUUGGGUGGCAGAGGUGAGUCAUGCUCCAAGUAUAAGAAAAUUCCUGAUAAACCAGGAGACGCCAUAGUUGACUCCUGCUGAUUCUUCCUGUUUGUUUAGGGCUAAUUUCCUUGGAUGUGACAAUUGGUAUGGUAGCUGUUAGAGUAUACAUUCAAGAAUAAGUCAACAGCAAUUUUGUGAAUGGUUGAGCUAGUAUACAUUCAAGAAUAAGUCAACAGCAAUUUUAUGAAUGGUUGAGCAGCACAAAUAAUGCACUCGGAAAUGGUCAAUGUUACAACUACUGAUAUGUCACAUAUUGACCAUUUUUGAGAAUCAAAGGCUAUCACCAUCUCCGCUCCUGCCCAAUAAAAUAUUUGUAGUUCUGUAACAGGGUGGUCCCCAGGAAAGGGGGAGGUUCCAUGUUCCCUGCCCCACCCAAGGGAGGAUGGAGCUAAGCAGGAAGAGAAGAAGCUGCAGAAGAGCCUGAGGAAGGAAGCAGGAUGGAGCCAGGAGACCUGGAGGAGACGCAUGGAGCCUAGAGACACGUAAAGAAACUGCGCUUGUCUUUUGGUCGUGGACUGGGUGACACAGAUGUGGGUGAGACCUGUGGGGAGGUGACAAUGGCAGCUUUUAUCUUGAUGUUGAUUUUGCUCUUUUCCUUCCGGGCUUGUCUGGUUGUUCCUGACCCUUUUCUGUGGGUCCCCACUGGAAGAUGCUUUAGACUUGUAGCAGGCCUUGGGGCCUUGUUCUGGGCCGAUCCCAUAUGGAUGGACUUUUACCCCCGAGGGGACGGGUAACUCUGGAUGCUUCAUUUAGAAACUAGACUCUUUGCCUUACCUGUAUUGUUUCUUAGUUUAAUUAAAGUUCCUUCCCAUUAAAGUCUCCUAUGUUUUGUGUUGAUGCGGCGGAUGGCAGAACCCAUGUAGAAUAGGCAGGUUUGCGGGGUUUGGGCUGCCCCUCUCCCUGUCCUAUAACAGUUCCUUAGAACAACAACCAGCAACCUUAUGGAAGAGGAAAUUGCCCCUUGAUCUUACAGUUAAAUACGGAAACUAGGCUGACUAGAUAAAGUAGAGAAGUGAUAGGUAGAAAACUCAUUGUUUAGAUCAGGAGACUUCCCUUAAUUGAGAGUUGAGGGCUAGGGAAGAGUCAGUGCGGCUUGCCUGGCAUUAACGCCCUCCAGGCCCUUGGUUCCUUAAUAUCCAAUCAAUAUUAAAACAAUAUACUAUAGAUGAUGAUUUCUAUAUAAAAGCCUUCUGUUUUUUACUUUAAUCAAUUGGUUAUAUGUUAGUCUGCUGCAGGAGGCCUUGUUGCUCCAGCCAGAUAGGAUACUGACAAGCAGCUAAGAGAAAAGGCCUCACACCGUGGGGCUGAAGAUCUGGCAUCCCUUUGCUUUCUGUUCUUGGUCAUAGAGAGAGAGAAAUUUAUCAGAAAGUAUAUUAGGCAAUAAAUUAUAUGUAUCAGCAUACUGUAAGUAAAUAGCACGAAAAAUUGUUUAGAAAUUAGUUGUUGGGCAGUUUGGCCCACUUGACAAUGGGAGAUGGUUUGUUGAACAUGCCUGACAAGCAUUACAAUACAAUAAUUAUAGUGGGUCCUUCUUUUGCCUUCCCUUGAAGUUUCUUGGGAAAGUUUUUAAAUAAAGCUACUUGAGUUAGGAGUUUCUAAAUAAAAAAAGUUCUGAUAGCUGAGUAGCAGCCAGCUCCUGCUGUGAAGGCCAUGAGAAUAUGAAGUUUCUUGGGAAAGUUUUUAAAUAAAGCUACUUGAGUUAGGAGUUUCUGAAAUAAAAAAAGUUCUGAUAGCUGAGUAGCAGCCAGCUCCUGCUGUGAAGGCCAUGAGAAUAAGAAAAGUCUUUUUUUGCUUAGGCUUUAGCUGAUAGGGAUGUACUGGCGGCUAUCCACUGUCUUAGGUUAUUGUUUAGCUGAAACAAUGAGUUCUAGUGUAAGGCUUAGUUUUUUUAUUGACCUUGAAGGUUGCCUUCUUACUGAAAGCAUGUAGCAGCCAAAAGCCCAUAGAAAAAGAGAUGCACUGAUUGUUUCUGCUUUGUUUCUAUGCACCUGAUAAUGUAAUCUUGUUAGGGAGAAAAGGGAUGUCCCAAAGCUAAUUCCAUAUAGGCUUUGUGGACUCCACCCCCACCCCAGGUCAAAGCCAAAGACACUGGGAACUCCAAAUCCCAUCACCACCCAAGGGAAGGUGGCUGGGACCUGAGGGUGGGGUUAAGCAGCCAGGUGGAUAUAAAAGGCAGACACGUGGGCUUUGGGGGUCCCCAUUUUUUGGCUCUCCACCAGCUAGCAGCGUCUGGCCAGCUCUGAGAGUGACUUUGGAUUUCCAGGUCAUCGGAUCGGGUAGGACGCAUUAAAGACUUUAUUUCCCUAUUUUCUCCCUGAGUUGUACAUUUUCCUUAUUUCCUUUUCCCUUGUAAAUAAACCUUUUAUUAACCUUUUGUGUGUGCCUGUAGUGGAGUAUUCAUAAGUCCCUUUUAAGCGCGCGGGUGAGGACCCACAGCCAGGCAACCUGUUUUAUAUCGGGGUUGCUCUAUAACAGCUUGGCGCCCAACGUGCUUUGCAAGUUUCACCCGUGGUUGACCAACCCAAAGUAAUUUUUCUUGCAUUGGUCACCAUAAAAGCGCAUUAGGUCUGCAGGACUCGCAGUGAAACUCUUUGUUUCACGUCUUGAAAAGUCUUUUUUUUUCCGCGCAUACGGCUCUUGUGGGUGUGGUUUUGACCCAAACGUGGCCCCAACCAUGAACUUCAGCAGUUUAAUCCCUAACUUGAGUUCUUUCAGUUUUUUUCCGGCCUUGAAUUUAAGUAGCCUUUUUCGGUUAAAUAUUACCACUAGUUUAAUAAGUGUAAAUAAUUGGAUUAAACCUAGCAUAUGGCACAUGAUUUUAAUUCUGUAUACAUAUGUGAAUGGUUUACAAGCCAUCCCUUUGCAGUCUGUGCUUCUGGGUGUUUUUUUGGUAAUGUGCAUAGGCACCAUGUGCUACAUUCUUGUUUCUAUGAGAAGUAGUGGUUAUACUUCCCAUACUGAGAAUGUGCUGCAACAAAUUCAAGCUCUUAACUUAGCUAUGAAACAACAAAAUCAGGCUUUUGAGUCAGCUUUUCAAAGCAUGCAGGAUCAAGUGCAACGACAAAAUCAGGCUUUUGAUUUGACUAUUGACAGUGUGAGGGAUGAAAAUCGUAACGUUUUUGAGUCAGCUUUUAAGAGUAUGCAGGACCAGAUACAGGCCGCUCUUCAUAAAUGGGAUAUGGCGGAGGCGAAGGCUAGGGUAAUGAUGCAGGGAAGAGAUAAACGUUCUCCUUCCCAUGAGGACUGCAGAAGGGCAGAGUUAGAAGAGGAGGAGGAGAUUCAUUUGCUAAAUACCUUAAACUCAUCGGGACAAAGGCCCUCUCCACGUGAAGAUGCCCCUCCCGCACAGACUCCUAAGGUUUCAGGACAAAGGCCUUCACCACGUGACCAGGCCCCUCCUGAGGCCCCUCCCACACAGAUUCCUGAGGCUUCACAGCCUCCAUUGCCCUCCAGGGAGGUAGUUAUCAUGGUGUCUCCUCCCCACAGUAGGAGCGGCACCCAUUUUGGCAGUAACGAUCGCCCUGUGGCAGGACAGUUUCCUCUUCGCCAGUUGCCGAUAGGUGGCGUGAAUGAAGAGGGGAGACCUGCUGCGUACUUUUGGUCGCACCGUCCUUUUUGCACCGGGGACCUCCUAACUUGGAAGAACUCUGUUCCCUCGUACCGGCAGGCUCCUAAGAGGACGGCGAACUUGUUUGCCUCCGUUUUUCUCUCCCACCGCCCUAACUGGGCAGAUAUACAGUUGAUGUUACAAGUUUUACUAGGUCUAGAUGAGCGGAGGAUAGAAGUGAGAAAAGCAAGGGAGGAGGCUGCACGUCUCCGCCAACAGGAUAGCCAAUCCCCAGAGCCAGAGAUUGCUGUCCCAGAGGUAGAUCCUGAAUGGGACCCCAACAAUGGAGGACUGGCGAAGUUGAAUCUGUAUAAAAAAUGUUUAUUGGUAGGACUAGAGCAGGGAAUCCCCAAACAUAAAAAUUUUAACAAAAUAUUGGAACUUACACAGGGGCUAAUGAGGAUCCAUCAGAAUUCCUUGAGAGGAUUAUUCAGACGUAUACAGACCACACGGAUAUAAAUCCGGAUGCCCCAGAAAAUGCUCGUGUGUUCACUAUGGCGUUCAUCACAAAUAGUGCUCUGGACAUAAGGAGAAAGUUAGCAAAGGUAGACGGCGUCACAGAAAUGAGUCCGUCCCAGGUAGUGGACUUAGCAUUUAAGGUUUAUAAUAAUAGAGAGGACAAGAGAGAGGACAGGAGACCGAAACCUGCGACUGUUUUUGUGCAAAGAAAGCACAGGCCAGGGUUUCGGGAAAACAGUAAUGGACAGAGACGUGAACCCCUGGGAAGAGAUCAGUGUGCUUUCUGUAGGGAAGAGGGACAUUGGAAGUACAGUUGUCCCAGGUUACAGGGAAGAGGCAGACGCAGUAAUUACAGAAGGCAGGAUAGAAGACUGAGGACACCACCACAGGAUGAUUCAUGUAGGGGUUACAGGAGGGAAUAUAGGAGGAGUACACAGAACCAGGAACCAAGGAGAGAGGAAAAAAGACAGAUGUAGAGGCUCAGAUGAUGAUAGGGAAUACGGACGGAGAAGGAAUCGAGAGCCCAGCACAGAGGACAGGAGACCAGUGAUAGCACAGAGUAAGGUCUCAGGUGAAGAUAGGAGGGAAUAUAGACAAAGUAGAAGGAAUAUGGAGCCAAGUGUGGAGGAAAGGAGACAAAUAAUAGUUCAUGGAGAAGAUUCAGAUGAAGAAUAGGGGUGCCCAGGGGUUCCACUAGAUCUUAAACCCAUCAAAAUAACCCCCUCGGAGCCCUGGGUAACCCUCGCUGUGGGGGAUCGUCUGAUUGAUUUCUUGGUGAACACUGGAGCAACAUACUCAGUUUUGAAUUUGAAAUUAACUAAAAUGAGCAAAAAGACUGCAGCAGUCAUUGGGGUUACAGGGAAGUCACAACAGACACCCUUCCUGCAACCUUUGGAGUGCCGGCUAGGCACCACACAGCUCCAGCACAGCUUCCUAUACAAGGAAGAGUGUCCAAUCCCUCUCCUUGGUCGGGACCUUUUAAGUAAGCUCAAUGCACGAAUUAUAUUCUCACCCAAAAAUCAGAGGCUUCACCUACAGGUUCCUCCAGAGCAUGCUCUGCGGUUCCAGAUGUUGCUUACUCAAGAUGUUCCACCAAAAAGUGAAAUUUUACCUCCAGAAAUUGUUGAAAGAGUAAGUAAAUGGGUAUGGGCUGAUGGAACCCCAGGACGUGCGAAAAAUGCGGAGCCUGUAAAGAUAGAAGUGAUAGAGGGGAGCAGAACCCCGAAAAGGAAACAAUACCCCUUAAGGCCUUGAGGGGAAUUGAGCCAGUAUUGAAAAGGUUCCUUCAAUCUGGACUCAUUCGACCCUGUCGCUCACCGUACAAUACUCCAAUUCUGCCAGUGAAGAAACCCCAUACAGGCGAGUACCGUUUUGUCCAAGAUUUAAGAGCUAUUAAUGAUAUUGUUCAGGAUUUACAUCCCACUGUGCCUAACCUGUACACCCUAUUAACUGCCAUACCUGGUGACUAUGGGUGGUUUUCAGUAUUAGACCUGAAGGAUGCCUUUUUCUGUAUCCCAAUUGAUGUCCAGGAUCAACUGCUUUUUGCCUUUGAGUGGCAGGACCCUAAGUCCAAGAGCACUCUCCAGUAUUGCUGGACUGUGCUUCCACAGGGAUUUAAGAACUCCCCAACUAUUUUUGGGGAAAUACUGGCCAGGGAUCUCAGGAAGGUUCAACUAAACCAGGGCGUCUUAUUGCAAUAUGUAGAUGAUUUAUUGAUUGCAAGUCCAGACUACGAAUCUUGUCUGGAAAAUACCAUAGUGGUACUGAACCACCUGGCAGAAUGUGGCUACAACCUGUCACCUAACAAGGCACAGAUAUGCAAACAAACUGUGACGUAUUUGGGGUUUAAAAUCAAGAAAGGCAGACGGAGCCUGAUGACGGAAAGAAAACAGGUAAUUUCAGCCCUUAGAAUCCCCAGUAACGGGCGACAGUUCCGCGGAUUUUUGGGUAUGGCGGGGUUUUGUAGGAUUUGGAUUCCUAAUUUUGGACUAAUAGCAAAACCUUUAUAUGAUGCUCUUGAUACUGGAAUUGUCAGGCCUAGUCUCCCAGCCAGGAACGGAUUCCAGGCUGCAGGGCAGUGCUGAGCCCCAGCCGCUAGACCCCCACGGGUUGGUGUCUCACGAAGCCGCAGCAGGAACUUCGCAGACGCUCAGGCAAGCAAGCGAGAAGAGGCAGUCUGUUUAGAAAAAAAAAAAGUUUAUUGAGGAGAAAAAGAACAGAAAUAAAGUGGGACUCCCAGGCCAGGGAACCAGGCCUGGGAGGGGCAAGGAAGCCAAAGUGGAGUCGUGUUUCAGGGAAUAUAUACCUUUUUUCCCUCAUUAUUCUAAAGCUUUACCAGUCUCUCUGUGAUUGGUUAGUUCUCGGCUGUUUCACUUAAUCUGCUACUGAGUGGGGAUCUUCACAUUCCUUAUCUAACAGCUUUUUCUUUUCCCAUUAGUUGCAUCUUUAAAUUUAUGGCCCAGUCUUCUGGAUGGGCAUCCCUGCAUUGAAGUUAAACAGUUGCCCUUCUAAUGUGACCAUAAAUUAAACCACUCUCCAUUUCUCCAAUCUCCGCCUCCCUUUACCACCUGAAGGAAACCAGGACCAGCAUUAACAAUGUUGUCCUUGGUCCUGGCAUGUUUGUUUUUCCUAAUGGAAUUGGUUAUAUUUCUUUGGUUGUCCUUAUCUCUGAAGCCUCCCUAAAUUCUUCAGAGGUCCCCUCCUGCACUGUCCCUAAAACUGCCUAAUAACCCUAGCUUGCCCUGUCUCAUUCCCCCCUUUUACAAAUGGAGCCCUAACUGCAGUUAGGGAAAAGGGACGUAGGUCUGAUCAAUGACUGCUUCCUGCUGAGAGUGGGCGACGUGGGGAGACAGUUAGGGUUCCACAGUAGGAUGACGAUUUAAGGGACCCGGGAAGAUGGACCGUGGAGACGUCAUUUUGGGUUUCAUUUGCAGGACCAUUUGGAGCUUGAUGGCCUCCAGGCGAGUGGAGAUGAUUCCGAGGAGAGUAUUAAGGAUGCAGGGCCCAAACAAAAGAACAAUAAAGAGAAUUAGUAAGGGAACGAGAAAAGGCAGUAGCCAGGACAGAAGUUAUCCUUUUAUAGAAUUAAAGAUUGCUUGUGUCCAGCUAAGCCCUUGCCCUGCCUGUUUUUUUGAGAUCAUCCACAAUAUAUUUUUUCAGUAUUUUUAAAUUUUGUUUUACCUCAUGAGAAGUAUUUAUUUAAAAGCAACAUGUUUUAUUUAAGAGGGCACAAACUCCUUAACUUUAGUCAUCGGCAGGUCUAGGGUUCUGCGAUUUUAUAUUACUACUAAGACUAGGGAUUUUAAGGAGUAAUGUUGGGUUAGUGCCCCAAACACCUGGAGGUGUUGUAGCCAAAAUGACAGAAUUAGUGAGAACUAGGGCUUUAGUGCCAUUUUUAUGUUUAGUAGCGGCAGCUAGGAGAGCCAAUAGUGGCUGUGGAGGCUGCUAGUUUGGAAUUUAGUUACAAUUUUCUCCAUCUUAAUAGUUAGGAAAACAAAACUAAAAAUGUAUAAACAAGUAGCCUUGUAGCCAGCAAGGUAGCAGUGUUGUAAAGUAUCCUGGCUCAGGCUGGCCAUCUGUACUAGUGAGGGGGACAAUUGACCAGUAGGUCAGUCCAAAGAAUUGGAGUAAGGCAGAGUAAGUGGCCCUUAUUUACCAAAAAGGUGAUUUUUACGUCUGCCACUUUUAGGGUCACCCGAGGCUUGUCCAUAUAAACAGUAAACAGGGGAGUCUCUUUUACCUCUGGGCUUCUUCAGAGAUCUUCUCCUGCACCCGGUUCUUUAUAGUCAGAGGCAGCUGAGGGUCAAGCCUGUCCUCCCAUCCUGGCCCGUGGUUAGGGCUGGCCCCUCCCUCUCUGGAGAGUGGGACAGUCCCUUUUUAGUGCCCUGUGUGAUGGCACAGAAGGCAUGGCCCUGGGGACAGCUUUUUGCAGCUAAGGUGUCCUGGUUGCAGGUAGUGGAAGCAAGCUGGCAGCCCAUUAAGAGGUUGAGGUCCCAAAUGCCCUAGGGUGCAUGGGGCCUUGGGUGAGUCUGAGGUAGCAGGGUACUAACAAUGGCAACUGCCAUUUACUGGCCCUUCUCUUGCCUUUCUCCCUUUCUUUUUAGUCUAGUUAGUCCCCUCCAUAUUACUAUGGGCCUUGAAGGCCGUGUUUAAAAGCGUUAAAAGGAUUUUAGGCCCUUGAUUUAGUUUUAGGAGUUUGUACCUGAUGUUAGAGGAAGGCUGACUAAUGAAGGAGACUGAGACCCUUAAAUUGUUUGUCCUUUUUAGGGUCUAGAUUAGUAUACCUUUUUAUAGCCUCAGUAAAUUUAGCCUGAAAAUGUCUGGCUUAUUAGGUUUUAAGAAGUCUUAUGUAUUUUAGAAUAAUUUUAUUUGUGUACAUUUAUGUUGAAAAGGUGAAACAAUUUUAUGAGAAUACUGUCUAUGAGGUAUCAAUAUACCCAAAUUGACUGUUUGUUUUCACAAUAAGAAACAAUUUUAUAUAUCAAAAUAACUAAAGUUUGGUGCCACACAAGUGCACAACUGACAUUUAAGUUAACCAAAAUAUUUUAUGGCAAGUCACUUGAGAACACAAAAGUUUUUUUUUUUUGUUUUUUUUUUAAAAUCCCUUACUCAGAGCUUUAACACUUUCCUUUGCCUUUUUUUUUUCUUUUAAAACACAAGCACACCAUACUUUACUUGUAUCCAGAAUUAUUACACCUUAGUUUUCAAUUUUUGCAUUGCAAGACACCACGAUAGCCGUUACACUAUUAUUUCUUCAGAUUACACAACUUACAGACACAUUUUUUAAUUUUGUUGUUGUUGUUGUUGUUGUUGAGAUGACAUUAAACUUUAGUUUUCUUACAAUAAGGAGCAAAAUGUAAACCUGAAAUUUUAGUAAAUGGUUAACA